AUGCGACCCCUUCUGGACGAAGCGAAGCGGCGAGUGGACCGUCGACUCAGUGCCAGCCGACAGUCACUUUCGACGAGCCGCAUCUUCCCCAGCGCGUUGCCGGAACGACUAAAAGACGACCACGAUGCUCAAGUCGAUUACACUGCUCCUCCUGGCGGAGGUGGGACGAAAGAGGGCCACUUCCAAUACAUGCAACAAUCGAUUUUCGGGAUGAUUGCCGCCGUUGGUUCUCAGUCCGACUUCCAUGCGCGGUUCGACGACUCGUCCGACAGUGAACGGGACACCGACCGUCCGCCUCAGAAGCGCACCGAGAAGGAAUCCCAGGCCACGGAUGCUCCGCCAUCAUCGAAGAACGAGAAGAAAGCGCUGAGGUCCCCCCAACGACCGAAAAGCCCAUCUCAGGAAAGAGGACGUCGCCAUCGGAAGACGCUCUCGGGCAGUCGGAUUCUGCGGCCGUUAAUGCCAGGUAGCAGCCAGAGACAAGGAGGAGCCCAAACGGAACCGUCGACGGGGAACCAGAUGUCUCGCGUACCAUCCCCAGAACGACCUCGCAGCACCACUCCUCGCGCGGCUCCUGUUCUGAGCCGCAUGGUUGAAGCGCAGGCCCUCUUUGACUCCAAAGGUUCAAUGAAUCAAUCUCCACGAUCUCCACCUGCGGAAACGCAGGAGGAGCAAAGUCAAGAGCAGACAUCUGCUUCGCCACUGUCUCUCAGGUUGAUGGAAAUGUUUGGCUUUGAGUCCCCAGAGAAGGUGCUUGUCGAAUACGCCUGUUCUUUGGUGCAAAGCAUGCUCCUGCAGGGCUACAUGUACGUCACCGAAGGCCACAUCUGUUUCUACGCCUACCUUCCCCGAAAAUCCACGGUGGCCAUCAAAUCCGGCUAUCUGUACAAACGCGGCCGGAAGAACCCUAAAUACAACCGCUACUGGUUCUCAUUGAAAGGUGACGUCCUCUCAUACUAUGCCGACCCGUCCAACCUGUAUUUCCCCAGCGGUCAUAUUGAUCUGCGAUACGGAAUCUCCGCUUCCCUCAGUGAGCCCAAGGAGAAAGACAGGGAGGCCAGGGAUUUCCAGGUCACGACGGACCAACGGACAUAUUAUUUCCGGGCCGAUAGCUCUACGAGUGCGAAAGAAUGGGUGAAGUCGCUGCAGAAGGUUAUCUUCCGGACUCAUAACGAUGGCGACAGCGUUAAGAUCUCCUUUCCGAUUGAGAGCAUCAUAGACAUAGAAGAAAGCCCCAUGGUUGAUUUCGCAGAGACCUUCAAGAUCCGCGCAAUCGAGAGUGGCGAGACGUAUGCUAUUGAUGAGUAUUAUUUCUCCUUCUUUAAUGACGGACAGGAUGCCUUCAACUUCGUGAAAGGCUUGGUGAGCGAGUCUCAGGCCAAGAAUCCUUCUCGAGAAUCACCCCAACCAGGUCGCACAACUCCCCAAAGUCGAGCUCGCGGCUCUCGAGCGAGGUGGUCCCUUACCAGCGGGCUCAGUCAGGUGCUAGGAAGCUCAGAUGCCCGACGACGACGCAGUGCAAGUGCGAGUCAAUUCAGCCCCGGACGGGAUGCAGCUGGACUAUCGCCGACCUCCAGGCAACGAGACUUGUCGGAAUCGUUUGUAAACUCUUUCGACCAAGCAACCGAAUCUUCAACCGUGUUGCAGUCGAUGACCGAUACGGCAGAAUCCGCGAGCCAGAUCUUGAACCGAAGUGAUGUCUUUCAGUAUCCGGCUAUGCAACCUUUUCGGAGACAGUCGCUCAGUGAAGACCAGUUUGGUCGCCGUCAUUCAGACGAAACGGCCCGGUCGACGAAUGAUAUUGCACGACUUGGUCCAGGUAUCACCCCGAGGGACGUUCAACGGUUUUAUCCGCCGAGCGACUCUGACCAUGAUGCACAAGACGCGGCUAGAGUUCAACAAUCGGCAUCCAGUCUCAAUGAACUUGUCAGAGCUGGGGCUUACCCUCUUCAGCGUGCGGCAGGGCUGGCGGAGUACCUGAGAAAUCGCUCGAAGCAAAUGGGUACUCUUCUUGCCAGCGAGUCUAUGGGUUAUAUCGAAAAGGUUUCGGGCAUGUGGGCUGGUGGCCGCAGACACUACGGCGAAGCAGAGGGCAUCUUACCGGACGACCAGGAUGUCGACCCUGAAGAUAAGGAGGAUGGUUGCAACCAUGGAGAUCGGUUCCGUGCUCAUUUUGCCCUCCCCCCGACCGAAAAGCUCCAGGCAACAUAUUUUGCUUACUUGCAUCGUGUUCUUCCGCUGUAUGGCAAAAUCUAUGUCAGCCAGAAGAAGCUAUGUUUCCGCAGUCUCCUCCCUGGUACUCGCACCAAGAUGAUUCUUCCUCUGAAGGACGUUGAAAACGUCGAGAAAGAGAAAGGAUUCCGCUUUGGAUAUCACGGCCUUGUUGUCAUCAUCCGGGGCCACGAAGAAUUGUUCUUUGAAUUCAACGCGGCCGAUGUCCGCGAUGAUUGUGCUGUUACGAUCCAUCAGCACCUGGAGUCUGUGAGAUUUCUGUCCGAGUCCGGCAUGCUCGCUGAGCAGGAGCAAGAUGAGUCGGAGGCUGCAAAAGCAGAACACCGUAUGCUACAGGAAGCCAGAAAGGACGCAUCUGGCGGGCUCAUCCCACAAACACCAUCGGACGAGUCCCCCGAGAUUCAUCCGAUUUUCGAUGACCCUCGUGCUUCUAUAAUUAACUUCAAGCCUACUGAGUCCCUGCGGAUCACAUGCCUGACUAUUGGGUCUCGUGGCGAUGUCCAACCGUACAUUGCGUUAUGUAAAGGACUGCUUGCGGAAGGCCAUCGGCCUAAGAUUGCAACCCACGCAGAGUUCGAACCUUGGAUACGAAAGCAUGGUAUCGACUUCGCCCCGGUUGAGGGAGAUCCUGCCGAGCUAAUGCGCAUCUGCGUGGAGAACGGAAUGUUUACGUAUUCCUUCCUGAAGGAAGCGUCCAUGAAGUUUCGCGGUUGGAUCGACGAUCUUCUCUCAUCGGCCUGGAGGAGCUGUCAAGAUAGCGACCUUUUGAUCGAGUCACCCAGUGCAAUGGCUGGUAUUCACAUCGCCGAGGCUCUGCGGAUCCCCUAUUUCCGAGCCUUCACCAUGCCAUGGACUAGGACGCGGGCGUAUCCCCAUGCGUUUGCCGUGCCGGAACACAAGAUGGGUGGUGCAUAUAACUACAUCACCUAUGUGAUGUUUGACAAUGUGUUCUGGAAGGCCAUUGCGGGCCAGGUAAAUCGCUGGAGGCAGUCCGAACUGGGUCUCAAGGCGACCAACUUGGAUAAGAUGCAGCCCAACAAGGUCCCGUUCCUUUACAACUACUCGCCUUCGGUCGUGGUUCCGCCGUUGGAUUACCCAGACUGGAUCCGCAUCACAGGAUACUGGUUCCUUAGUGAGGCAAGUGACUGGACGCCGCCAGCAGAUCUGAUGGCGUUCAUCCAACGUGCCCGUGACGAUGGCAAGAAGCUUGUGUACAUCGGAUUUGGCUCGAUUGUAGUUUCGGACCCGUCUGCGCUGACGCGGACGGUCGUCGAAUCGGUCCAAAAGGCCGAUGUACGGUGUAUUCUGUCCAAGGGUUGGUCCGACCGACUGGGCGAUCCGGCCAGCGUGAAGUCUGAAAUCCCCCUGCCGCCGGAGAUCUUCCAGAUCCAGGCGGCACCCCACGACUGGCUCUUCUCGCAGAUUGAUGCUGCCGCGCACCAUGGCGGCGCCGGAACGACUGGCGCUAGUCUACGUGCUGGCGUCCCCACCAUCGUGAAACCUUUCUUCGGAGACCAGUUCUUUUUCGGCACCCGGGUGGAAGAUCUGGGCGUUGGCAUUUGUUUGAAGCGGCUGAAUGUCAGUUUGUUCUCUCGGGCUUUGUGGGAGGCUACCCACAGUGAGCGCAUGAUCGUGAAGGCUCGCAACUUGGGACAACAGAUUCGGAGCGAGGACGGUGUGGCCACUGCGAUCCAGGCAAUCUACCGUGAUCUCGAGUAUGCUAAAACCCUGGCUCGACAGCGAUCUAUCGUGUCGUCGACGCCGUUCUCGCCGACCCCUUCGGCCAAGACAGUCGCCGAACAGGAGGUCGACGAUGAUGUUACCGACAGUGAAGAAUGGACUUUUAUCGGGGACGAGACGGACAUUGACAUCUCCCGACGCGUCCGCGGUCGAGCAGUGUCAGAUGUGGAUAUGCUCCCCGAGCCGCUUGCCGUUCGGAGCCCGGAGCUGGCGCAGUGA